AUGGAUUCAUACGCUUCGCAGAAUUACUAUUAUCAACAGCAGCAGCAGCAGCAGCAGCAGCAAGCUGCCGAUGUCAACCCGUAUCAUCAACCUUACCAAGGACCAAUGUACCCGAUUCCCGGAUCUUCCUCAUCGGCCCACAGUGCGCCUGUUCCCGCCAAUGCGUAUGAAUAUGAUGUCGGAAUCUUGGCUCAGCAGAGUGUCUAUGUUCCUGGCGCCAUGAUUGACAAGCGCGGAGGAGCAGGUGGCAAGCUCGCUAAGGGUGGCAAACGAACGACGGUGUUGCGCAAGGGUGCGGGCAAGGUCUGGGAAGAUCAGACUUUACUGGAGUGGAAUCCUUCCUGGUUCAGACUUUUUGUUGGUGAUCUGAGUAAUGAUGUAUCCGAUGACGUCCUGUCAAAUGCAUUCAACAAGUAUACGUCUUUCCAGAAAGCUAGAGUCAUUCGGGAUCGCCUUAGCGCAAAAGCUAAGUACGGAUUUGUGGCAUUUUCCGACCCUGAGGACUUCUUGAGAGCAUGGAAAGAAAUGGAUGGCAAGUACGUUGGUAAUAGGCCUGUAAAACUGAAGAAGGCCGACAACAUGGUCAAUCCUGUGGAAAUCGGCCACCGCAAAGCUAGACAGCUGGAGAAGGAGCUCAAGAAGAGCAGGCAUAAGCCUUACUGA